AUUCUACUAAAAAAUGGAGGUCAACUGCUGAUCGAACUUAUGGAUCGCUGCUCCGUUUAGCAUCGAUUUCUUUGUUAUUUAAUUACGGAUUCCUUUGAUAAUCAUCGAAAUUGAAAAUGAAGACUUUAAAAGCUAAACUAAAAGCUAAGAAGAAUAGUGGAAAGUUUUCUACAAUUAAAUGCACGGCAAAAGAUGCAUCGUCAAGUUUAAGUUCGAGUUCAGAUUUGUCUGAAUUACGUAAACCUAUUGAUAUUAGCACAUGCAGUUUAUUACAAGUAACGAAACUUCUUGACACUGGAAGUGAUGAGAUUCAAAACAUAUUAGCAUAUGAAUGUGAUAUUAUAUAUGAGUGCCGUAUUUGCAAAAGCUUAUUUCGGAGCUUGGUAAAUUUUAUUUCCCACAAAAGAGUAUAUUGUAAAGAAAAAUAUAAUAUAUUUAAUAGGAAAGCAAUGGAUAACAUUGUGGGUAAAAAGACUUUGGUUGAUUUGGAACCUCAUAUGGAUGUAGGGUUUAAAGAAAAUGAAUCUAAUGAAAGGAUGCUGAGAAGUCAAGUGCUACAAAAAGAUUCGAAUUUAGAUCUUACAUCUGUAAUGGAUAUAAUUCAGGAAAAAAAAUGUGAACAUACUGAAAGUUCUAACCUCAGAGCAAAUGAAUAUAAAAGCAAAUCCACAGAGAUUAUAUCUGAUAAUCAACAAAUACUCUUAGAAGCUUUAAGCUCAAGCCAGUCAGCUGUGUAUCAGACAGUUAGGGAGAAUACUGCAGAUCUUAUGAAGGCUCAAAUUAUAGAACUUCAAAAAAUAAUGAAUAAAAAUACUGCUGUCCUUGGACCAAAUGGACGAUGCAUCGAAGUUAAUCAAGUCGAAAAGACUGAUAAUAAUUUCCAGUCUUGUGAUAACAAUGACAAUAUUGAAAUAUCUGAUGCAAAUGCAACUGAUGAAUUAAUUUGUCCCAUUUGUAAAGGAGAAUUUGCAACAAAGAAAACUUUGGCCCAUCAUGUAAAAUCUCAACAUACGUCGUAUAAGAUGAUUUAUUCAUGUCCUUGUUGUCCUAACUCAUUUAGAAAUACAUGGAGUGUUUAUCGUCACUUAUACAAAGUUCAUAAAAAGUCUAACGAACAGGUGAGAAAAUUAAGAAAUCAAAUUCAAGAUAAGGCAUAUCGCAAAGUAUGCAUAGAAGACCAGCAAUCAAUACAGAAGUGUGGACUGAAUAGUAAAGAUUGUAAUCAGAGGAAGAAACUGACUGAUGAAAAUCAGGAAUGGAUGAAUCAAGUAGAAUCUGAUGCAGAGCUACAACGUUGUGGAGGUUGUGGCCGACGAUUUGAUAGAAAGGCGGCAUUACAAUCUCAUUUGCAACUUUGUCAACGUCGAAUAGCAGUUUGUAACGGAGCUGCUAAUAAGGCUAAAAAGUCAGGAAAGAUACCAUCGGUGGACAAUGUGUUCAUUCAUAAUAAUUCAGCAAAAUUAAUAGCUGAGAUGCAUGAUGAAGUUCCGCAUACGAGUACAGCGGAUACAAAAUCCUCUCCGGUAAAGGGUGACCCCAGCACAUGGACCGAAACUGAAUCACAAGUUGCUGGAAUGGAUUUCUCAAAAUCCAGUGAAGAGAAUGAAUUAUCGAUUCGUGUCGAUGAGGUUUCGACUCUCAGUACAGCAGACUGGGAAAUGUUAGGUGUAAAUACGUUUUGCGAAAAAGAGGAGAGCAGAAUUAAUUCAAAUAAAUCAACUUCAAACGAAUGUUAUGAUAAGGAAUCUUGCUCUGUUACAAACAUUAAAGAUCUUCCUACUCUUGCGGCUGCACCAGACUCUCCAGAAAUUCUUUAUACUCGUAUCAAUGCUUCCCCACCAAAUUCAGUAACUGUUGGUUCAAAACGACGAAAAAUUGAUACGAUUGAUGGUGGGAAAGAAUUCGCUAUAGAGAGUGAGAUUUCCCUACAACAAAAGAGUCUUGCUCUGCCUAACAAUUCUACAAGUAUAACAAGUAGUACAAGUACUAAAAGUAGUACUACUACUGCUGUUGAGUCGUCGUUCAUUGCAAAAAACGAUAACGUGGAUAAUUCCAAGAUGGAUAAUUUCAGUUCAAAAUAUGAUAUAAGCAGAAUAUCUAAUAUUCGCAAGUUGCAGUGUUUAAAAUGCAGAAGAAAAUUUUCGUCGAUCACAAAUUUGCGUAGACAUAUGGCGAUACAUAUGGGCUGGAAUCGAUAUAGCUGCGCGUUAUGUGACUUUAAAUCGUUUGUCAAGUGCGAUUGCCUCGCACAUUGUAAUAAAGUGCAUGAUGCAAAAAAUAAUCAAGGUCUGUUAGAACAAAUUGUAGUGCCAAUAUCUCAAGUGGAAGGUUCACCUAAUCAGCCACUCAUCAUUGACAUUGCUACUAUGGAAGAUGCCUCUGCUGAUCCUGAAAUUAUUACUACAACAGCUCAUCAAUCUAAUGAACAUGAUCAUAGUAUUUCUAAUAAUACUACACAUGUUGAUAAAGUCGAUGCUAUGAAAAAAACUACAUUUGCUGCUGAGAAAAGGUCGUUUGAAGCUGAAAGUAAUUCAGCUACACUGGUUGGGAGUAAUAAUGGAACUCGUAAUAUGUCUCGAAAUAAUUCUUUCGAGGAAACACAAGAGAGUCUUCAAAGAGAAAAUGAAAGUGAAUCAGACUGUAAUGACAGUAAGAAUGCCGAACAAGAAAGAAGUAAGAUGAGUCCAGAGAAGUUGCAAUAUAUAAAUAACAGGAGUCCACAAUUUUUAGCUCAAAGUACUUUGGAUAAAAAUCCUGACUUAAAGCGGAUGGUAAUGGAAGUAAUUUUUGGCACAGUAGAAACAGCUGAUGUAAGCAAUUCCGAUAAGAUUCAGAUAGAUCCCGCAUUUAAGAUCAUCACAGAAGAAAAAGUAACGAAUAAUGAAAGUAUGAAAGCCAUUAAAAUGGCAAGUAUGAAAGAUGAUAACAAUGAGGAAACAUUGAAUAAUGAGGUAGUGAAGGAAGAAAAUGAUAAGAAGGACCAGGAAUCAUCGAAAAAGGAUGACUCAGGGAAUAAACAGAUUUUUAACCACGAUGAUCAGCCGCGACCGCAAAGGUCUAUGCGUCGUAUAAAAUUCGUGAACAAAAAAUAUUCUUCCUAUUUGCCGGAACAAACGUCACGUAGUGAUAACAUCCAAAAAAGUGUUCCGUAUUCUUUAAACAAGAGUGUCAAUGCUAAGUUAUUAACUGAUAAAAUACCUACAGUAGUUAUUUGUCGAGCUGACACUGUCCGAGGACUUUGCAACAUCAAAAAGAUUAUAUGAAUACCAAGUAUUGUUAAGAAUACCAAGGUAUAAUAUACAGGGUGUAUCUUAAGCCCCGGACAAGAGACAUACCGUUAGAUCCUGCGCGAAAAAAUAAAAAUAUUGGCGUUAACAAAAAUCAAAAAUUUUAAUCAGUUUAUUAAUUAUUAAAGAUUAAAGUAAGCCAAUAAUAUGCGCGUGAAAAAUGGUAACUCCUCAGUCUCCGCCCAUUGGGGACAGCUAAUCAUUUAUUUCCCCACAAUAACAGUGACCGAUGGAUACGUAAAUAUAGUAACGUCAAUAAACAAAAGAGUAACGCAAAUAAACAAAAGAAUAGUGUAAAAUGUUUUUUCGUGGGGAAAUAAAUGAUUGGCUGUGCCCAAUGGGCAGAGACUGAGGAGGAGUUACCAGUUAUCACGCGCUUAUUAUUAGCUUACUUUAAUCUUUAAUAAUUAAUAAACUAAUUAAUAUUUUUGAUUUUUGUUAACGCUAAUAUUUUUAUUUUUUCACGCAGGAUCUAACGGUAUGUCUCUUGUCCGGGGCUUAAGAUACACCCUGUAUAGUAGUAUACUAUAGCAAAGUUAUUGAUAAACAAUACUAUAUUACCAUAGCCAUUGAUCAAUAAUUUUUAUUCUACUACUGGUAUAUUAGUUUACUGUGACCCUAAUAUAAUUCAAAUAUCAAAAAUUUAAGCUUAAUGGACCAUCCUAUAGUCAAUUAUAUGUUAAUGGGAAAUAUCGUCAACGAUAAAAUUAUUAUCAAUAAGUUGUGGGUAUACCAUUUAUCUUUGUUACAUACAUAUGGUUAUUCAGUACAAACGUACCACGUGAAGGUGAUUCUACCAGAAAAGUCAAAUGAGCAGACUAACUUCAACUGGCGUGUUUAUACUAAAUAACUUUGUACAAAUUCAAUGGAGUUCGUGUAAUAUAUUAUUGUAGUCAUAAAAACGAAAAAAUUAUACCCAUCUAAGGUAAAUUACAUGAAACCAGAGUGUGUUGUGUGAUAACUCGUUUGUAUAUCAUA